AUGACCGACGUUUUCAGAAAGAAUCAACGGUACUUGGCUGACGGAACCGGUUUUCUUACGCCCAGAAUGGGUGGAUUUCAUGAAAAUAGACUUAUUCGAUGUGUACGAGAACGCGAGAAGGAAAUCAGGACGAAGCACGUUGUCACCGAUGUGGGUGGGAAAACGCCAUCUCAAGACAUGAAGGUGGAUCGCUGGUUUUUGACAAGAUUCUCAAUUGAAAAUGCCUAUGGAGGGCUGUGCGAAGAAUUCUUCUCGCUAGAUGGCGGAUCGAGUGCGUGGGAAGCUCAGAACGGCAAAGGAAAUCCAUUUAUUGCGACACCACUUGGAGGAAACACGAAUCGCCAACUGAAGGUAAGGAAAAUACGGUGGAAAGCUGCUGAAAGAGCAAAGGUUACCUUCUCCAUGCUGCGGCUCGGCCUCAAAAUUGCUAUUGAUCCAAUCAUUUUUGCCACGAAAUCUUUGGAAUUUAAGAUCAAUGCUCAACGUAUCGGACCGCUAUAUCAGGGCGAAUACCUGGCCAGUGAAGGACCUACAAUGAGCAGUGUGUUUGACUUUUGGUGUAUGGUUUGGCAGGAGAAAGUGGAACGGAUUUUAUCGGUGAACUUCCCACAUGAAGAACGUCUUUAUCCAGCAAUAUAUGAUCCUUCCAAAGAGACCAUCCAAUAUUGGCCGAUCGAAAUUGGAAAAACAGUUGCUUAUAUGCCGUUUAAAAUUACAUGUAUUGAUACAAGGAUGAUGGUAAUGAGUAGUAUAUCUCCUGGUAUUCGAGCCGUAAAGCCAAACGACAUGGUUUAUAGAGUGACACAUUUGCGAAUUUCAUAUUCGAAUCCUAUUGGCGAUCCCGAACCGGACAGAGAAAUCGUGCAUAUGUGUUACUACCGGUGGCCUGAUGGAUGUUUACCCAUACCAUGGCCAGUGACUACAGCUUCAUAUGCUGCCACAGCGCUUCGAAUUAUCGAUAUCGUGGAGAGAGAGCUGCCACAAUCCUCAUCCUCCUUGUUGGUUCAUUGUCAUGCUGGUCUCGGUCGCACAGGAGUUUUCAUCGCUCUCGAUGUUGCUCUGAGACAGUUAUACCAGAACAACACUGUGAAUAUAAAGGGAGUUGUAGAGAAACUUCGAGAAAAACGUGCACGAGCAGUAAUGAACCCAUGGCAGUAUGCCUAUAUUAAUGUGGUAGUUGCUGAGAAAGCGUUACAGUGUGGUGCAUUGUCUUCAUGCGUCGGUGGCCAUAGUGUUCGACAGUUAAUCGAUCGAAUGUGGACGGAUUUGUUUGAAGAAGUUCACCUUCCUCAAGCUGCCUCCAGUCGGCUACCCAUUGCUGAUGCGUGGAUUUUAUGCUCAGUCGUAACAGUUCGNAAUGAGUUGUUUGGACUUUUACAACCAGAAGACUGGGAAGGUAAAUUUGAAAUCAUGGUUCGUUCUAAAAGGAAAAUCAANAAAAAGCAUUUCAUGGUUGUUGAAUUCCGCACAUUUGGAUGA